UCCGCCUGGCCCGCCGGGCCCCGUGAUCCUGGGCAUGAGGCUGGCCCACAGCAGCCGGCCGGCCCCGGAGAUCCAGGACUACGGCAUCCUCCAGGUGCUGGAGGGCACCGAGAUCCAGCUGCGCCUCUACGGGCUGCGCAUGGAGGACGCCCCCCUCUACCAGGUGGUCUCCUUCUCCGAGGUGCCCGAGGGGGGAGGAGGAGGAGGAGGAAGGGGCAACCUCACCACCGCCGGCGGGGCCAAUGCCAGCUGCUCGGAGAAGAGCCAGGACCUGGUGGUGCAGCCGCGCCGGGGCGAGAGCCGGGAGACCUCGGCCGUGGUCUUCGUCAAGGUCCAGUUCCUGCGCAAGGCGGAGAAGUCCAAGCUCUACGUCCUGUGCACCCAGCGGGGCGGCCCCGGGCAGCCCUGGCAGCCCCUGGAGGGCGAGGACGCCUUCCUGAAGGUGGUGGAGGAGAAGAAGCACCUGCUCCCCCUCUGGCUGCAGGUCAUCCUCAUCGCCUUCCUCCUGAUGCUCUCGGGCAUGUUCAGCGGCCUCAAUCUGGGCCUCAUGGCCCUCGACCCCAUGGAGCUGCGCAUCGUCCAGAACUGCGGCACCGACAAGGAGAAGCGCUACGCCCGCAAGAUCGAGCCCAUCCGGCGCAAGGGCAACUACCUGCUCUGCUCCCUCCUCCUGGGCAACGUCCUGGUCAACACCACCCUCACCAUCCUCUUGGACGACCUCAUCGGCUCCGGGCUGGGGGCCGUCAUCGCCUCCACCGGCGGCAUCGUCAUCUUCGGGGAGAUCGUCCCGCAGGCCCUCUGCUCCCGCCACGGGCUGGCGGUGGGGGCCAACACCAUCAUCCUCACCAAGUUCUUCAUGCUGCUGACCUUUCCCCUCUCCUUCCCCAUCAGCAAGCUCCUGGACUGCGCCCUGGGCCAAGAGAUCGGGACCGUCUACAACCGGGAGAAGCUGGUGGAGAUGCUGAAGAUCACCGAGCCUUACAACGACCUGGUCAAGGAGGAGCUGAACAUGAUCCAGGGAGCCCUGGAGCUGAGGACCAAGACGGUGGAGGAUGUCAUGACCCCGCUCCAUGACUGCUUCAUGAUCAACAGCGACGCCAUCUUGGAUUUCAACACCAUGUCGGAGAUCAUGGAGAGCGGCUACACGCGGAUCCCCGUCUUCGAAGAGGAGCACUCCAACAUUGUGGAUAUCCUUUACGUCAAGGACCUGGCCUUUGUCGAUCCGGACGACUGCACUACCCUGAAGACCAUCACAAAGUUCUACAACCACCCGGUCCAUUUCGUCUUCCACGACACCAAGCUGGAUGCCAUGCUGGAGGAGUUCAAGAAGGGUAAAUCCCACCUGGCCAUUGUCCAGAAGGUGAACAACGAAGGCGAGGGCGAUCCUUUUUACGAGGUGCUGGGCCUGGUGACCUUAGAAGACGUCAUUGAGGAGAUCAUCAAAUCGGAGAUCCUGGACGAGUCAGACAUGUACACGGACAACCGCUCCAGAAAGCGAGUGAGCAAUCAGAAGCACAAGAGAGACUUCUCGGCCUUCAAGGACAACGACACAGAGUCCAAAGUGAAGAUCUCCCCGCAGCUGCUGUUGGCUGCUCACCGUUUCCUCUCUACAGAGGUGACGCAGUUUACCCCAGCCCACAUUUCGGAGAAGAUCCUGCUCCGCCUGCUUAAGCACCGGGACGUCAUCAACGAGCUGAAGUUUGACGAAGAAGACAAGAGGGCCCCCCAGCACUUCCUCUUCGUCAGGAACAAGCCCGCCGAUUACUUCAUCCUCAUCCUCCAGGGAAAGGUAGAAGUGGAGGCUGGCAAAGAAAACAUGAAAUUUGAGACUGGCCCAUUCUCUUAUUACGGGGUGAUGGCCCUGAAUCCGGUUGUCAUGACAGCUCCACCAGACAUUCCCCAGCGCUGCCCGCCUAUUAAACACCGAGGGUCUUUGUUUUCCAGGGUGCCAGUUUCAGAGGCACGUUCCCCAUCUCACGUGAGUAAUCUCAACCGCUCGGCGUCCCUCUGCUACCACGAGCGCUCCGAUUCCCUCUCUUCCACCUUCAGCGGAAGCAACAACCAGCUCAGUGCCAACGUCAGCUCGCAGUACGUUGCGGAUUUUAGCGUCCGAGCCCUCACGGACCUGCAGUACAUCAAGAUCACGCGCCUCCAGUACCAAAACGGUCUCAUGGCUUCCCGGCUCGAGAGCUGCCCCCAGUCUCCAGACAGCGGCCCGCCAAGGCUGGAGAUCUCUUUGUUGGAAAAGAGGGACGCCCCCAUUUUAAACAACGAGACGACCAGCCUGAUGAAUGAGAAGAACUGCCAGCAGCACAGAUUGAACCACAGCCCUUCCGACAGUGUGGUCUGACCUCGGUCCCCAGGCGACCGAGCCCUGCCCGGCUCGCCUUCCCUUCUCUUCCCUUCCAAAGACACGUCAGUGCCCACAAAAGGAUAACCAUCCUGUGUCUACAAACCUCAGGUAGCAGCGGCAGCGCGGAGGGAGAAACGUCCCUCCCAACGCAUCCUGGUGAUGUUUCUCUUGAAGCCUCCCGCCCGGGGGUCUGACCCUCUGUUUCCCGACACCGGGACGGAUUUUUUUUGUGAUCCAUUCAGGUCCGCGGCCGGACCCUGGAAGCAGGGCGCUCCGCUGCCGAAUCCCAGGAAACCGUUUCUGGCGAAAGGGAAUCCCAGUCGCUGGCAUCAAAAGUCGGCUUUGGUUCUCAGAGUCCCCUCAGGUCCGCGUUGCGGCUGGGAUCUGGAAAAAGAGGAGGUAGCUACUGGAGGAUAUUUAAAGGGAGUUUCCUUGCUGCUGUUUUUCUAUGCCGGCUUUUAUUUUUUUGGUCUUUUUUUAAUUUAAAAGAGAGAGAGAGAGAAAUGGAGAUGAAGCCACAAUAUGUCUCAGGCCGGUGUGAAAGGGAACGAUCCCAUUCUGGAAGUUGGCCUGAUUCUGGAUUUAUCUUCUCCCCC